AUGGCCAUAACAGAAACAUCGAGAUCGAGCGACGAGCUCCCAGUAACAAACGCCGAUUCCAGCGUCAACAACGCAUCAACCGCGAAGAAACUGACUUUGGUCCCUUUGGUUUUCCUCAUAUACUUUGAAGUCGCCGGUGGUCCCUUUGGGGAAGAACCAGCUGUUCAAGCCGCUGGACCGCUUCUAGCGAUUCUCGGUUUCCUCAUCUUCCCUUUCAUUUGGAGUGUCCCUGAAGCCCUUAUCACCGCAGAGCUCUCCACCGCGUUUCCAGGCAACGGAGGGUUUGUGAUAUGGGCCCAUCGGGCAUUCGGGUCAUUCGUAGGGUCGAUGAUGGGUUCGUUGAAGUUCCUGAGUGGUGUGAUCAAUGUUGCUUCGUUUCCUGUCCUCUGUGUCACUUACUUGGACAAGCUGUUCCCUGUUCUUGAAUCCGGAUGGCCUCGAAACGUCUGCAUAUUCGCAUCAACGGUGGUCUUGUCUUUCCUGAACUACACUGGCCUAGCCAUUGUGGGUUACGCAGCGGUUGUUCUCGGCUUGGUGUCUCUCUCACCUUUCCUUGUCAUGUCUGCUAUGGCAAUCCCCAAGAUCAAACCUCACCGUUGGGGUAGCUUAGGGAACAAGAAAAAGGACUGGAACCUCUACUUCAACACACUCUUCUGGAACUUGAACUUCUGGGACAAUGUCAGUACUCUUGCAGGGGAAGUUGAUAAGCCUCAAACGACGUUCCCUUUGGCGCUUCUCAUCGCUGUCAUAUUCACUUGCGUAGCUUACUUGAUUCCUCUCUUCGCUGUCACCGGUGCUGUCUCAGUAGAUCAGAGCAGAUGGGAGAAUGGGUUCCACGCGGAAGCAGCUGAGAUGAUUGCUGGCAAAUGGCUGAAGAUAUGGAUCGAGAUUGGCGCUGUGUUGUCAAGCAUUGGGCUCUUCGAAGCUCAGCUAAGCAGCAGUGCUUAUCAGCUUGAGGGGAUGGCGGAGUUAGGGUUCUUGCCUAAGUUCUUCGGUGUGAGAUCGAAAUGGUUCAACACUCCUUGGGUUGGGAUUCUGAUCUCAGCUCUCAUGUCGCUUGGAUUGUCUUACAUGGACUUCACAGACAUCAUCUCCUCUGCGAACUUCUUGUACACUUUAGGGAUGUUUCUAGAGUUUGCGUCUUUCAUUUGGUUGAGAAAGAAACUCCCUGAGCUGAAGAGACCUUACCGAGUUCCUCUGAGAAUCCCAGGGCUGGUGAUUCUGUGCUUGGUGCCUUCUGCGUUUCUGAUGCUCAUCAUUGUGUUUGCUACCAAGAUUGUGUACCUUGUUAGCGGUAUAAUGACCGUUGGAGCAAUCGGUUGGUACUUCUUGAUCAACUACUUCAGGAGGAAGAAGAUCUUCGAAUUCAACGAGGAUACUUACGAUCUUGACCAUAAUGUUAACGGAGGAGAACAUCCAAAAGAAGAUGAUCAUGACUCAUGA